CAUCGAGAUCGACGAGAGAUAGAAGAAAUAGAGUCUGUAGCUCAAGCAACAACAACAAAAAGUGAAAGCAAGGGGAUAGACGCAAGCAAUCGGUAUGUAGUUGGAAUUGGAGCGAUUGUAAAUUAGGUUUCCUAAAACAGAAAAAUCUCGCCUUCCUCGGGCCAACGCACCUCUCGCGAGACCGACUAUAGAACAAAGAUGGGUGAAUCGAGAAACCAUAUCGGUUGACCGAUAGAUUAAGAGCAAAAGGAAAGCAGGAAUGAUCUCCGAAACCCAAUCUAGAACAAAUAAUGCCUACAACUCCAGGAAGGACUGUUUGUAUCUUUUGGUACCGAUCAUUUUCUACUUUUUAUACCUCCAGCGAACCUCUCAAUAGGAAAUCUCCGUAAAAGUAGAAUAUGCGCUUGAUGGCACAGUAUCCGAAAGCGAGGAAGGCGAGAUUCCUUGCGCAAAAAAUGGACCUUGAGUUUCGCUUGGUUUCCAAAAGAUAUCUUCCAACUUCGAUAUCUACAAGAGUUUUGAAGCUUGCCUUUUCUCUUCUAAUUUCUUUCUUUCUUCCCUGUUUAUGUUUUCCACGUAGACCUUCUUCACAAAUCACUAUGGCGACAGCGGUAGCCCAGUCCACUGUAAAAAAUGGGGAACAGGCACAAAACGAGACGAUAAAUGGGAAGCCUGGUUCACCGGAAGAGAAAAAGGAAGAUGAUAAACGAUCAGCUCCUUCGGCUUCCACUCCGAAGAAAGCUUCCAUGCCUGAAGGUUCGGUGCUACCAGUAAACAUGCCAGCUAGUAUGAUGACGCCCAACAACCGACCGCCCUCGCGAAGUUCCCUAUCUGUCCAAUCGGCUGGAUCUACUGGAGGACGAACCACCACAUCCGUUUCCCGAAGGGGUGGAAGAACUCGCAGUCGAUCUCCCACUGGACACAUUCAUUCCUACAAUGCAAGGCCGCCUUCCACGACGCCUUCUGUACCUUCGGAAGUUGUCCCCCAAUCUCCAAGAAAUCCGUCAGCAGCUGCGGCAGCCGCCGCCGCCGCUGCGAAAUCUUUUCGAAAUCCAGGUGCAUCCAGUGGAUCACAUCCCUCCAUGCAUUAUCAGCAACAAAACCCUUAUGGUGGACCUUCAAGCAUGAGGGGACUACCACCUCCAGGAUCAGAUCCUUAUGGAAGGCAGCCUGGGGGAAGACAAGACCCUUACUCUCGGUAUCCACCUAGUCAGCAACCCCCGCAGCGACCUCCUUCUUCUGCUUCGUCGAGCUAUCCCGGAGGGCCACCACCAGGUGGACAGUCGCAGCAGCGACCACCUUCUUCAAUGUCUUCUAGUUAUCGGGGUGGACCACCUCCGGGAUAUUAUGAUCCACACAACGGAAGCCGGAAUCCGUCGUCUUCUCAUCACUACUACCAAAACGGAAGGGGAGGUCCUCCCCCACCAGGAAGAGGCUACGAUUCACAGCCACCUUCCAUGGGAUCGGAUGGGAGACCACACUCUAGAAAUAGCGAUUCGCAAUCUCAACAACAGUAUGGAUACAAUCCCUACCAUCGAAAUGCACCAUCUCGAGGGGGACAUCCUCCGCAUGGUAGCGGAAGAGAAUACGGGGGAAGUAGCAAUAACAGUAGUAGAUAUCAAUCAGGCACCAGUGGUCCAGGGGGUGGACCACCCAGCAAUGGGCCUAUUGAAAGUGGGGAAUACAAUCGACAGCACCCUGGGAGCAGUGGCAAUCGCCAUUUACCUCCUCAUUACCACAGUAGUGGUGGACCACCUCCUCCAGGGCAUUCUUCGAGGAGUGGCAGAACACCCUAUCCCGGAAAUAACCAUGGUCAUCACCCAUCUUAUCGCAAUGGUGAUCCAAAUUAUCGAGGUGGUCCACCUCCGCAUUACCCACCACCAUCUUCCCGGGGAGGGCCUCCUCCUGGUCACCCUGAUUACCACCACUAUCACUCCCAAUAUCAACAACAAACACCAAAAGGGCAAGGAGACAGUACAAAAUCUACAAGGACAGUGAUUGGUACCGCCACACCACUUCAUUUGAACAAGGGAGGGCAAGGGCCUAUGCCUCAGGUUCCCCCAAAACACUCGUCUGCCGCUCAAAACAAUAGCAUCAAAGCACCCAACAGCAAUUCACACCAUAAAAAUAUCAAUAGCAACAGCCACGAUUCAAGGAGUGGGUCGGCCGCCUCAGUUUUUAGGGGGCGACCGGGGCCUCCUUCCAGCCAGCCAAAUGCAAGCAAUGGUGCUUCUUCAAGUAACAAUCCAAAGAGCAUUUUGGAUGCUCUGGAAACUCCGUCGAAUUCGUUCGAAGAGAAAAAGUGCAGCAGGAGUGAUGGAAAAGAACAAGAGCUUGCACAAGGUGUUUCCAAGAUACAGGAACAAUUGAGCCCGGACGAUCCACCCAAGAUUCGUAACAAUAAUGCCUCAAAUGGCAACGGCAUGAACUUUGAUCCCCAGCCAAGUCCCAAAAGCCAUACAGGUGGUGCCAUGUCUCCACCUCAACUGACCAAUUCUCUAGACAUGGCACCUUCCUUUUCUCUUUUCAACCAAUCGUUUGACAGUUUGGGUGACACCGCCCAGUUCUUCAAUGUUGGCGGUGCACUCGAUUCGACUAUGUUGAAUUCCUCCACCAGCUUCGAGCUCAAGCCUUCUGGGAGCCGAUCCCCUAUCCAAACUGCGGGAUCAUCUUCGGACAACUACUUGCAGCUUUCUGCCUCGAAUGGAACCUUCAAGCUGAAUGCCAGCAUGUCUGGUGCCCUUUUUGGCAUGUCCCCUUCCAAUUCUUUCGGGAAUGGCCCGACAUCAUCGUUCUCAGCGAAUCCACCCAAGAUGACGCAGGUUCUGGGUGGUAAUAAUGAUCACGGCCAGUCCAGUCCCUCGCAGGUUUUGGAUAUGUACCAACAAUCCAAAUCUGGAAAUGGAGGCGAAGAGGUUGACCUCCGACUUUCAGCAAGCAUUGGGUCACCGAUGAUUGGACAAAGUGGAAGCUAUUCCUCCAGCCUGCCAUUUGCCACGGGAGUCGAAACUGGACCACAGCAGCCAUCGUUGGUGGGUCGAAGUAGCGACAGGCGCAGCCACCUUUCCCCGCGACCCCAGCGCAGCCAUGCCUUUCAGUCUCCUUCUUCUUCCUCGCAACACCAUCACCAAGGCUACCGACCACAGAGGCCUUCAUCUUAUGGACCACCGAACAAGGAUGGGACUCCUCGAUUUUACAACUUUUUGCGGAAGAACAAGGAUGCUUUUGUGGACAUGACAUUUUUGAUGCCCAAACUCAAGCCAUUUGUUAUGGAAGCCAAAGCCACUAUGGGAGGUAAUAUCAAGGAGCUAUCGAACGAGAACACACCAAAACGGGGACAGUCUCGCAGCAGCAGCCGAUACGACCGAGAACCAACCCCGGCCGAGUCCCAGAUUGCACGCCGCCGAAUCGUUUCCGCUGUUUGUGCGUUCGGAGGAAGCUUCACCGGAAGCCGUGUCAGUUAUCCAGCUGCUUCACCCGCUACUAGUGGUAACGUAGCUGACAAAACCAAGAGCAGCAGCAACAGUUCCAACGCACAAUCUAUCUUCCGCGAGAAGAGCGGGGAGCCGAAAACGGUGACUCCCAACAGCUCUUCGAGUUCUUCAGCCGCUGCGGAGAGCGCCGUUGGCAGGGCAUCCCGCGAACAAUCUAGAUACGAUGGGGCACUGCCCACUCGAUAUUACGAAAGCGACAAUCGUUUGUCCUGGGAGUUCGAAGAGAACCCGCCGAUUGGACCGGACAAGGUUGACCCUGGAAGUGUGAUGUACUGCAGGCUCACAAGCAACCAGGAUGACGAUGAUGGAGAGGAAGGAACACCCAAGAAGCGUCGAACCGAAGGGGAGCGAGAUGCUGCCGAUGGCAGCGACGACGAAGACGGCACGGAGGACCCUAGCGGAGACUCUUCCAAGAAGGGGAAGGGUGGCAAGGGAGACUCACAGAAGAUGCGCUACCGAUGCAAACUCUGCGGUCAACCCAAGACAAACCACGUGUGCCCGUAUCAACAGUCACUGGUACGCAACAUAGGAGUCAUGGUGCAUCCGGCCGUGAAUGCUUUUGCUGCCGCCGAACCCGGCAAGCUAGCCCCCGCUCUCAGCGAAAUGAACAACCUAGCUAUUUCUGCUGCGCGGGUGCAAGCCGAAAACGGCACCCUGGGUGGUCACUCCGAUACCUCUCCCUCGCGGCCGACGCCAGACCGGUCUUCGUCAAGGGGAAGCAACAGCCAGAUCGAUGCAGACGGUGUCUCCUCCGCGGCCCAGGUCACGCCGGAAAACCUCCGAAGCGGGGCAUCCUCCCGCGGCAACGGCGAUCUCGGCACGCCGCAGCGCAGCCGUGCCGGAACCCCGGGAUCGUCUUCUUCUCACCACCGCCGCGGGGGACACACCCCGGCCUCCUCCCGGAAAAAGCGAUCGCACGCGAAAAUGAACGGUAGCGCGGGCGACCAGACCGAUCUUCUUUUCGUGGAAGAAAUGGAGCUCAAGACGUCGCAGUUCCGUACGAUAACGCCGUCGAAGGUCGUUUCCGAAAACCCCGACGCGUUCACGUACCCGGCCCUGCCUCUUCCGUACGCGCAACGGAAACGCCUCAGCGACAAUCUGUUUAGCCUCAGCAAGGAGAUUCCGCAGCUCACCGACGAAUGCGCAUCGGUACUGCGCGAGGCCCGGGAACGCGACCUCUGGGAUCUGGCGGUAGCAGAACUGAUGACACAGGUGGUAGUGGUCGUGCAUUGCAACGAUGGGGAUUACUGCUUUGAGGGAUUGCGCCGAUACCUCCUUACACUUGGUUUUACGUGUUAAUUGGAUGCACAGAACCUUUUUCAAAACAAACUAGAACUUUAUACUUGAACUAAACUAGAGAAAUAUAUAACUCAACCACAG